AUGGCGUCCUUCUUCGCCCCCGGGUUCCGGAGGUUACUCUUUCAGGCCUCGAUUACAGCAUCGGGGCCUUCAAAGUUCUUCGUCUGCAACCGAUGUCUUGGAACUGCUCCCCGGAGCAUGUCCUCUCGAGUUCUUAACGCUGUCCGAUCACGAUCCUACGCAGGUGCUGCUGUGAGCAAGUCAAUCGGAUCCAUCGCUGAGCAGGCUUCUGUUCGCGCAUCUCCCUCUGUUUCUCAGGCUGCCAAGAAGGCAUGGCCUGAAUCGGACCCCAGGGGCGUCGGCCUCUGGCUUAUUGGCAGUGCUGUUAGUGUUUUCGGUAUCGUUGUUUUUGGUGGUCUGACACGGUUGACUGAGUCUGGCCUGAGUAUCACUGAAUGGAGACCUGUCACCGGUUCGCUUCCUCCCAUGUCAAGGGAGGAUUGGGAUUCCGAAUUCGAAAAGUACCGCGCUUCGCCCGAGUUCAAGCUUCUCAACCCACACAUGGAUCUCGAAGAGUUCAAGAAAAUCUACUUUAUGGAAUGGUUUCACCGUGUUUGGGGUCGUUUCAUUGGCCUGACCUUUGUCGUUCCUACCGCCUACCUCGUUGCUCGUCGCAAAGUUACUCCCAAGAUGGCUUUGAACCUUGCUGGAAUUUCUGCCUUGAUUGGUUUCCAAGGCAUUAUCGGCUGGUGGAUGGUCAAGUCUGGUCUCAAAGAUGAUCUGUUCGCUCCUGGCUCUCACCCUCGUGUCUCCCAAUACCGCCUCACUACUCAUCUUGCCACCGCCUUCGUCUGCUACUCCUGGAUGCUUGUCUCUGGUCUUACUGUUCUGCGAACUCGCCGCUGGCUCAUGAACCCUGAGGCAGCUAUGAAGCAGAUCGGCGAAAUGAGCCAGCCUGGUCUUCGCACAAUGCGCCGUGUCGUCUUUGCCCUUGCCGCGCUGACCUUCACUACUGCCAUGUCUGGUGGACUCGUUGCUGGCCUCGACGCUGGACUGAUCUACAACGAGUUCCCCAAGAUGGGUCUCGGUAUCUUCCCCCCCAAACAGGAGCUGUUUGACAAGUUCUAUUCGCGAAAGGAAGACCAUUCUGAUCUCUGGUGGCGUAACAUGCUCGAGAACCCUAGCACUGUCCAGAUGAACCACCGGAUCCUUGCCGUGACUACGUUUACCUCCAUUCUUUCUCUUUUCAUCUACGCUCGCACCAGGCGUGUCAAGGCCAUCCUCCCCACCAAUAUCAAGAAGGGCGCCAACGGCCUUUUCCACAUGGUAUCGCUUCAGGUCGCUCUCGGUAUCAGCACUCUCAUCUACAUGGUGCCUAUCUCCCUUGCAGCAGCUCACCAAGCUGGUGCUUUGGGUGUCUUGACUAUGGCCCUCGUGUUGGCUCACAGGCUGCAUAUUCCCAAGCCUACUCUUCGUCUUCUUGAGAAGCGACUGAAGGCGGCUGCUGCUAAAUAG